GAACCUGAAGCCUCGGGCUCACAGUCACAGAACAUGCUACACUUCUCUAUGGACUGAACAUAUUCACGGUUUUACGCUCUCACAGACUUCCAGGAUCCACUUUUCCAUUUGGAGUACACUUUCAGCCUGUAUCUCUGGAAGAACGUCCUUUCUGUCCCGAUUGGUGACUGCAUUGAAGCGCAUAUGGAACAAUCUCAAAGUAGAGCGCAACUUUUCGCCUUCAGUUUCCAAAUUGCUUUUAUUGUUUGGCUUGUGGAUAUAUAACACAGAUUUGUUUUAGAGACGUGUAAAAUAACUACCGCAUUUAACCGUGUCGCGAGUCACGUUUUCUUGCGGAGCCUGUCGUACCGAGUGCAAUAAGAAAAGUUUACAACCGAAUUUGCUUAAGUUUGUGAGACUGUUAUCUCUCGGGAUGGCUGCAGCUUAUUCAAAUGGAGAGGCGAGAUUUCCACACUAACUGGCAACAAAGAAAAUGUAACGACUUUGAGAGGCAUUAUAUAUAUCAGUUGUUCUUUCGCGCGAAACGCUGAAAACUUGCCUUGAAAAGCUGGAGACGGAAUGGAGCGCGAGCUUUUGGAAAACAAAGACCGCGACCGUGGGACUGUUUAAUGUGGAUUUGACGAUAAAUCGCUUUGGUAACAUUUUGUCGACGCCUUGUCGAGGUCAGUAUUUUGACUAUGACUUAAAACUGUCGUCUCGCGUCUCUGACUGUUUAUGGCCAAUAAUAACUGGCACGCAUAUCGAAAGGUUGUGUUUUGAUAAGGACGCCGAACGGAAUUCUGGGAUAUUUAUAUGCAAAUCGAAUUCACAAUCGCUUGUAAAUUUUAAGAGAAAGGAGUAAUGUCGGUUGGCGCUCUUUGCGUCCUGCUCUUGGCUUUCGUGCUGUUUGGAGGCGUGAACGCUUUGGGAUCAUCUGAAUGUAAAUCAUAUGAUGAGCGCUCCAGAAGCGCUGGGAAAAGCCCUCCGUCCGGGGCCACGCUGGACAGGAAGGUGGUCUGCAGUAAUUUGGAGCUCCAUCAGGUGCCACCCACUGAAUCAUUCCCUAACAGGACAGUCUCACUGAUUUUGAGCAACAACAAAAUAAGGGAACUUCUGAAUGGCUCUUUCAUCGGUUUGUCAUCACUGGAAAGAUUGGACAUCAAGAACAACAUAAUCACACAUAUCGAACCAGGAGCCUUCUAUGGACUGUUUGCCCUCAAACGAUUAGACCUGUCUAAAAACCUGAUUGGCUGCCUGCAUCUGGAUGUAUUUAAAGGUCUUUCAAACCUUGUUAAACUAAAUCUUUCAGAGAACAAGUUUUCUUCGCUCUCACAAGGGAUUUUUGAUAGCCUUACGUCUUUGAAAAUACUGGAGUUUGAUAGCCCUUAUCUCCUGUGUGACUGUAACUUGCAAUGGUUGGUGGUCUGGAUCAAAGAAAAGGGGGUGGGAGUGAAGGAAACCCGCUGCUCAUUCCCUCGUUCCCUGCAGGGGCAACUUAUAACCACCAUCAAACCUCUAACACUCACCUGUGAUGCUCCCCUUGAGCUUCCCUCCUUCCAAAUGACGCCGUCCCAACACCAGAUCGUCUUCCAGGGCGACAGCCUGCCGUUUCAAUGCAUGGCCUCUUAUGUGGACGAGGACAUGCAGGUUCUGUGGUAUCAGGAUGGGAAGAUGGUGGAACCCGAUGCCACUCAGGGAAUCUACAUAGAGAAACGCAUGGUGCAGAACUGCUCGCUGAUCGCCAGCGCUCUGACCAUCUCCAACAUCCAGCUGGGAUUCACAGGCAACUGGGAGUGUUGCGUGCGUACCAGUCGUGGAAACAACACUAGGAGGGUUCGCAUUGUGGUUUUGGAGAGUUCUGCCAAGUACUGCCUGCCGGACCGGGUGUCAAACAACAAGGGGGAGUAUAGAUGGCCCCGUACACUGGCUGGGAUUACGGCAUACCUGCCCUGUAAACGUCAAGUGACCGGUGCAAGCAUCUAUUCUGGCAGCUUGGUGGAGGAGCGGCGGGCGUGGAGACGCUGUGACCGGAGCGGUCAGUGGGGAGAGGAGGAUUACUCUCGCUGUGAAUAUACCAAAGAUGUCACACGUGUGCUUUACAUCAUCAAUCAGAUGCCGCUGAAUCUUACCAAUGCGGUUCAGACAGCACAGCAGCUGUUGGCUUACACGGCAGAGGCGCCCAACUUCACAGACAAGGUGGAUGUGAUCUUUGUAGCAGAGAUGAUUGAGAAAAUUGGCAAGUUUGCUGAGAAAUACAAAGAACUGGGAGAUGUGAUGGUGGAUAUCUCCAGUAAUUUGAUGCUGGCUGAUGAGCGAGUGUUAUGGAUGGCUCAGAGAGAGGCCAGGGCUUGUUCUCGUAUCGUCGAGUGUCUACAGAGAAUUCCUGUUCUCAGGCUGAGCAAUGGAGCGCUGGCUUAUUCAACUAACUCUCAUAACAUUGCUUUGGAGUCUCAUGCCAUCAAAGCCAGCAGUUUCAAUGGAAUGACCUGCACGCUGUUCCAGAAAUUUUCGCCGGACCGCGCGGUCAUGGCCCACUUUAACCCAAGAGACCCUGACGUCAACCCAGAGCGUCAACUUAGCUUCAAAUGCAACGUCACCAGCAACCUAUCAGCUCUCGCUCUCAAAAACACCAUAGUGGAGGCGUCACUCCAGCUUCCUCCGUCUCUCUUCUCAUCGCUCGGAAACUUGGGUCAGGCGGAAGAGACCGUUUAUAAGCUCCACCUACUGGCUUUUCGCAACGGCAAACUGUUCCCGCCCACUGGUAACUCCACACUUCUGAGCGACAGCAGCAAGAGGAGAAGUGUCGUCACCCCGGUCAUCCUCACGAAGAUUGAGGGCAUCCCACUGAGGAACCUGCAGAGUCCAGUGAACGUGACAGUGAGACGGUUCCUGCAGGGAUCCGAUGCUGUUCCCGCCUGCUGGAAUUUUAGUCUUCUGGGAGGACAGGGAGGCUGGCAGAGCGACAGCUGUCGGAUCACCCAUCACGAUGACAACUUCACCACAAUGUCCUGCGAUUCACUUAAUAACUAUGCUUUACUGAUGGAUCUUAACAGGACCGGGUACGACGCGUACAGCUUUAAACCUCUUCACCCGGUUAUCUACGCCGCGGCUGUCGUACUGGUGGUCUGUCUGCUGUCUGUCAUUGUCAGUUACAUCUACCACCACAAGUCGGUGCGGAUCAGUGAGAAGUGUUGGCACAUGCUGGUUAACCUCUGCUUGCAUGUUCUCCUCACAUGUGUUGUGUUUGUGGGCGGCAUCAACCAAACGUACAACGCAAGUGUUUGCCAAGCGGUGGGGAUACUGCUGCAUUACUCCACACUGGCGACGGCUUUGUGGUCUGGAGUAACCGCACGCAACAUCUAUAAGCAGGUGACCCGGAAAGCCAAAGACUACGAAGAGCUGGACGAACCCCCACCUCCACCAAGGCCGAUGCUGAGAUUUUACUUAAUCGGUGGCGGGAUACCAAUUAUUGUCUGUGGAAUAACAGCUGCUGCUAACAUUAAAAACUAUGGCAACCAACCCAGUGCACCUUACUGUUGGAUGGCAUGGGAGCCCAGUCUUGCUUUUUACGGAACGGCAGCUUUUAUCAUUUUUGUGGACUGCAUGUACUUCCUCAGCAUCCUCAUUCAGCUCCGUCGACACCCCGAGCGGCGCUUCGAACUCAAGGAGCUGUCUGAAGAACAGCAGCGUCUUUCUGUCGCCGAAGUGACUGAAGUUACCCCCGGCCAACUGGAGUCCUCAUCUCUGGGUGCCACGCAGCAGAUACCGAUGUCUGCGCUGGAGAACGAACAUACGUUUGCGGCCCAGCUCCUCGGCGUCGCGGGAUCACUGGCGCUUUAUGCGUCGCUGUGGGUGUUUGGAGCCUUUGCCGUGUCCCAGGAGCAUCCAGCUGAUCUGGUGUUUACCUGCUUGUUUGGAGCUGCAGCUCUGGCCCUUGGGGCAUUUCUUGUGACUCACCACUGCGUGAAUCGACAAGACAUGCGCCAUCAUUGGUCACGGGCUUGUUGCUUGGGCCAACGUAACUAUGCUGUACAAGUUGACUCUUUACUUGUGCCUCUCCCGGAUGCCAGCGGAUCCACAUUGCCACCCAGAGAAAACGGAGAGGGAGCCAAAUGUCCGGCCAGCAGUGCAGAAUCUUCCUGCACCAAUAAGAGCGCGCCAAGUUUGCCCAACUCCGCCCAGGGCUGUAAACUGACCAAUCUGCAAGUAGAAGCCGCCCAGUGCAGAGCGGCCCCUGUGGCAGCCAAUGGGGCCGCCUUGUUGGACAACAGCCUGACUGAACAUUCAGUGGACAAUGAGAUAAAGAUGCACGUCGCACCUGUUGAAGUCCAAUAUCGGCCCAGUUCGGUCAACAACAACAACAACCUCCCAGCAACAGGCAGCCUUAAUGGACACUCUGGGCGACAUCACAAAAACAGGUCGAGGGCGCAUCGUGCAAGCAGGUUAACUGUUUUGCGCGAGUACUCUUACGACGUCCCCACCAGCGUUGAGGGUAGCGUGCAAAGCGUCCCACACAAGCGCCACCACCAUCACGACAGCAUACAUGCGCGCAACAGUCGACGCGCAGCAUACCUGGCUUACCGUGAGCGCCAGCAAAGCCAGUUACAACAGGACAGCAGUGAUGCCAGCACCAGUUUACCCCGCCGUUCGCGGCACCUCGAUAAGGGGGCCAGAAAAGGUGGAGGCCUCUGUUUGAGCAAUGGCCUAACAAACAGUUUGGGCAACGGCCUGAGUAACGGUUUUGGGCACGGGCUCAGCAGCACCUUAGGUAAUGGAGGCGGAAUGGGAUCGGGGGCGGGAUCAGGGACUGAUGUCACCAGCCAAACUAUUGACUGUCCAAAACAGCCCCUCCCAGUUGAACUCGAGGUCCAGCCAAAGUCUUACGGGUUGAAUUUGGCGUGCCAAAGCGGACCUGCCAAAGACUCGGAGAGGGUGCAGAAUUUGUCACCUUUGAACGUGGAGAGUUCUGCAAAUAUUAAAACCGGCUUGUGGAAACAUGAAACUACUGUGUAGCAAGAUUUCCUCUACUUCAGACUUUUAUCCAUGUAACUGUGAAUUUUAUUAUUUUUAAUCCUAACGGUACAGUUUGUAAAAAUAGUUUUUAUGCCUUUUAAUUGUUUAUAUUCGUAAUUCGCAAAAAAUAUGUUUUCCACAUGGCUGUGAAUCACGGUAGUAGAUGGACAAAUGACCUAUUUUUGUAUCAUUUUAGCCCAUUUUGUAUUUCAUUCUUACAAUUUGUGAUAUGGUGUGAUGUGCUGCCACCCUAUAAAGAUAUACUGAGUUAGUCUUCUAAUGUGUUUUCACAUAAAAAGAAAGAUUGUGUUCAGUUGCAGUUGUCAACUAAUAAAAAAAACCCUUUCACAGCCCA